AUGAGGAUGCCAGGAUCCACGGCAAGGAUCCCAGCUCCCCCGGCUCUGGCUGUCCUCCUCGCCUGCCUCUUCUCGGGGGCACAAACCCAGACCCCGAGAGCCUUCCAGGAGAGCACCAUCCCCUUCGAGGUGCUCAAGCAGGAGCAGGCUUACGGUCUGGUCCAGCCAGGCGUGUUGCAGGACGCCAGGGUGCCCAACCAGUCGGAGAGCCUCCCCGGGAGCGGGGGCUCGGCGCGCCCGCCGCUGCCGGUGUGCGCCAAGCCUGCCGACAUCAGGCACGUCUUCAAGUACAUCAACACCGCCGUGUCCUGCACCAUCUUCGUCGUGGGCAUCAUCGGCAACUCCACGCUCCUCAGGAUCAUCUACAAGAACAAGUGCAUGAGGAAUGGGCCCAACGUCCUCAUUGCCAGCCUGGCACUGGGAGACCUCCUCUACAUCCUCAUCGCUCUGCCCGUCAACGUCUACAAGCUCCUGGCAAAGGACUGGCCCUUUGGUGUUCAGGUCUGCAAGCUGGUCCCCUUCAUCCAGAAGGCUUCAGUGGGCAUCACUGUGCUCAGCCUUUGUGCUCUCAGCAUUGACAGGUACCGAGCGGUGGCAUCCUGGAGUCGCAUCCAGGGGAUAGGAAUCCCCAUGUGGAAGGCAGUGGAGGUGAUGCUGAUCUGGGUGGUGGCCAUUGUCCUUGCAGUCCCUGAAGCCAUUGCCUUUGACAUGGUGGAGCUCAGCUACUGGGAGCAGCACCUGUGGGUGUGCAUGCUGGCCUCUGAGCAGAAAUCCAGCUUCAUGAUGUUCUACCGUGACGUGAAGGACUGGUGGCUCUUUGGCUUCUAUUUCUGCCUCCCCCUGCUGUGCACUGGCAUCUUCUACACCUUGAUGUCGUGUGAGAUGUUGAGCAAGAGAAAUGGCAUGAGAAUUGCUCUGAAUGACCACAUGAAACGGCGCCGGGAGGUGGCCAAGACGGUCUUCUGCCUGGUGCUGAUCUUCGCGCUCUGCUGGCUGCCUCUCCACCUCAGCCGCAUCCUCAAGCAGACCAUCUACGACCAGACAGACCCCAACAGGUGUGAGCUGCUCAGUUUCCUCCUGGUGAUGGAUUACUUUGGGAUCAACAUGGCCUCCCUCAACUCCUGCAUCAACCCUGUGGCUCUCUACUUUGUCAGCCGGAAAUUCAAGAACUGCUUCCAGUCCUGCCUGUGCUGCUGGUGCCAGAGGCCAGCCCUGAGCAUCACACCCACCGAGGACAAGGGCUCUGCUGGGAAGUGGAAAGCCAACGGGCAGGAGCUCGGGCUGGACAGGAGCAGCUCCCGCUUGAGCAACAAGUACAGCUCCUCCUAAAGCUGUGCCACCAGCAGGGACAAGAGGAGAAGACACCAUGCCAGGGUGGCAGGACUCCUCCAUUGCUCUCAUACAGCCUUUUUCUGGCUGUGCCUGAAUUGGUUUUGCCUUCGUGUCAUGACCCACCCGGAAAGAGCUGUGGCACUUCGUGGUCUCCUACAGGGCCAGCUCUGACUGCGGCCUCUGAUGCUUCUCUGCUCCCUGUCACCUCCAGAAGAGGGAGAAGUGGACUCAGAUCCAUGGAGGAUUCUUCAUUUCCUUGCAGGAAAACAAGUGAUUCAUGGUCAUUUGUCCUGGGUGGACACAUGGGGUGGGGAGAUAUGUGUGGAAAGGGAAGGGAGGCUGAGAUGUGGUCACUUUG